CUCAAGCCAAGCCAUUUUGGCUCAAGCCAUUUUGGCGCAAGCCCCGGUGCCAUUUCGUUCUGGAUAGUCUCAAGAUGGCGCGAUGUCCCUCGAAGCGUCGAUCAAGAACUUCGGCCUGACAAAACAAUGGAGCGCCGCACUGCGGUUGCUCCGCGAAGGAAUUCAGUUGGGUGUGCAACUCGCCCCAGGUCACUACGUUGCGACUGUCAGCGCAUGCAGAAAAGCCGGGCAAUGGCAACACGCGCUGUCAGUGUUCAGCGAGAUGUGGGAGGCGAAGCUGGAACCCAACGUCAUCAGCUACAACGUUGGGAUCAGCGCGUGCGAGAAGGGCGGGCAGUGGCAGCGGGCGCUGGCGCUGCUGAGCGAGAUGCGGGAGGCGAAGCUGGAGCCCGACGUCAUCAGCUACAAUUCUGGGAUCAGUGCGUGCGAGAAGGGCGAGCAGUGGCAUCGAGCGCUGGCGCAGCUGAACCAGAUGUGUGAGGCGAAGUUGGAGCCCAACGUCAUCAGCUUCACCGCUGGGAUCAUCGCGUGCGCGAAGGGCGAGCAGUGGCAGCCAGCGCUGGCGCAGCUGAACCAGAUGUGGGAGGUGAAACUGGAGCUCAACGUCAUCAGCUACAACGCUGGGAUCAUCGCGUGCGGAAAGGGCCGGCAGUGGCAACCGGCGCUGGCACUGCUGAGUGAGAUGCGGGAGGCGAAGCUGGAACCCAACGUCAUCUCUCCUACAAUAGCCGGGUCCGCGCGUGCGCUGCAGCGCUGGGAUCAGCGCGUGCGAGAAGGGCGGGCAGUGGCAGCCGGCGCUUGCGCUGCUAAGCGAGAUGCGGGAGGCGAAGCUGGAGCCAACGUCAUCAGCUGCAGCGCUGGGAUCAGCGCGUGCGAGAAGGGCGAUCAGUGGCAGCGGGCGCUUGCGCUGCUGAGCGAGAUGUGGGAGGUGAAGCUGGAGCCCGACUCUCUCCUACAACGCUGGGGCCAGCGCGUGCGAGAAGGGCCGGCAGUGGCAGCUGGCGCUGGCACUGCUGAGCGAGGCGCGGGAGGCGAAGCUGGAGCCCACCGUCUCUCCGCUACAACGCUGGGGUCAGCGCGUGCGAGAAGGGCGGGCAGUGGCAGCGAGCGCUUGCGCUGCUGAGCGAGAUGUGGGAGGCGAAGCUGGAGCCCAACCCCUGGUCAGCUACAGCGCUGGGAUCAGCGCGUGCGAGAAGUGCGGGCAGUGGCAGCGAGCGCUUGCGCUGCUGAGCGAGAUGUGGGAGGCGAAGCUGGAGCCCAACGCCUCAGCUACUGCGCUGGGAUCAGCGCGUGCGAGAAGGGAUGGCAAUGGCAGCUGGCGCUGGCGCUGCUGAGCGAGAUGUGGGAGGUGAAGUUGGAGCCUGACGUCAUCAUCUACACCGCUGGAAUCAGCGCUUGCGAGAAGUGCGAGCAGUGGCAGCGAGCGCUUGCGCUGCUGGGCGACAUGUGGGAGACGAAGCUGAAGCCCA